AUGAAGAUGUACUUCCUCACACUCAACGGCUUCGUAUGCACACAUGACUCAUCCAACGUCGGCUUCAUAAUCGCCCAGCCCUCCUUCUCCUCCAACAUGACCAACGCAAGGUGCGCAUGUAUCUUCCUCACCACCCCCUCCCUCGUCCGGCCCACCCCUUCCACCUCGGCCGCCCUCUUCGCCAACUCCUCCCUCUCCACUCCCAAACACUCCCUCACCAACCCCACCACUUCAUCCACCCCGACCGUCUCCCCCACCACAUCCAUCUCCUCCACCUACGUCCCCUCCGUCAACGCACACCCCGCCGCCACAAGCCUCCCCACAUCAUCAAUCUCCAUCACCGUCACCCUCUGA